AUUUUGUCUAGUAGUAGCUUUGAUAAGCGAAGUGAGUUCUUGUUUUAAUAAAUUUCUUGUCUAUUUAUAAUCCUACGGUUGUUUAUUUCGUUUCCUUAGAGAUACCGAUGCGUUGAAAUGAAGUAUUAAAAAAGAAUGCAUUAUUAAAUCUAAUACAAUUCCUCACGAUCGUGUGUUAUUCUAUUUGAUGAAAUUAUUCACCUUGGCGGCUCCUCGCGUUCGAGAAGAUGAAAAUGAUACGAAGAAGUACGCAGAGUUCAUCAUCGAUAAGAUUUCCAGUUUCUUGAUGUCGAAUCAUGUUUCAAUGGUGACGAUUGAGAUUCAAAUUUACUUCGACGAUCACCAUAUUUCAAAAGAAGCUGUGCUGGAAAAACGUCAACAAAUCGUCCAACUGACCACCGAUGGCUUUCUGCAACAUAUUCUACAGAAACGAAUUACUAAAAAUAAAGAAGACUCGGAUCAGCUGUACCAUCUCAUCUCGUGUUAUAUUGUUUUAUUCAGCGGCGCUGGAGAUCCUACCGAUGAUGAAGUUCUGAAGGAAACUACCGUUGCUUUGAAGAGUAUUUUGUCUACGAAAGAACUCGUACGAUUUGCUUCGAAAGCUAAUUCGGUCAAAGAAGUCCAGUUAGGUGAUGUUUGCAGUAUCGUUACCGGUAUUAGAAUUUUCAAUCAAGAUAGUGCUAAAAAAUCGGCCAACGAAAGCGAACUAUUUUCUCCUUUGCAGAAAGCUUUGCAAAAAUGUAAUAAUUUUCUGGAAGGUAAAUCGCGUGAAAUGGAGGAACGAUCUGAACGUUUGAUUAAGAUUUGCUUGCUUUAUCGUGACUCUUCGAGCGAAGAUCGAAAUAUCGAAGAAAUUAAUAAAAUAAAAGCCUACGUUGUAUUAUUACAACAAAUACUCUUCUUUUUUCGAAUACUGAUCCAAGAGUGUCACAUGUUGAAUGAGGAAUUUCAAGAAUGCUGCGUUAUCUUGGAUCAAAGAUUGACUCGUGUUCGGAAAACUGUCAAAAGCAGAACAGCGAUUCCUGUAGUUGAAAUUUACCCUCAAUUCAAAGAUAUUUCAUUAUCGUGCGAUAAAUUGCAAGAAAUAUCGAUCGUAUUGAACCAUUUAUCAGAUUUAGUGUACGAUAUUUGUGAAAUUUUCGAUAAAGUUUCAGAGCCAAAUUUGGAGAAUUGGUCACCGGAAAUGAAAUUAAGUCUGUCAAAUCAAACUAGUAAAGAUGUAAUAUCUGUCGAGAAUCGAGACUGUACACUAAUCACGUCUGAAAACGCAGAUGAUUUUUAUAACAUACUCGUUGAAUACAACGGAUACUGUGUUGUAACGUUCGUAGAAGAGGAAGGAAUUGUGACACCUGGCAUAAAAGAAUACGGAUUAAUUAAAUACAAAGAUAAGCAUUAUUGUUUCUCUACUACUGUCAACGCUAGCAAGUUUUGUCUCCGCCCUGAAAAGUAAUUAUUGCUCGAUUGUUGAGAAAUUGGCAUCAUCGCUUCGAAUAAAUUACACAUUGCGAUC